AUGCCAUUGAUAUUUCCACUUGCCAAAGUUCCAAUGUCGAUAACUGAUUUUCUUCACUCCCCAGUUGUCGUCAUUGCUUAUUCUGCAUGGCCGACCGAGGUGGUCAGCUUUCGAGACAUGGUGCCCUGUUGGGCUGCGAGGGCUGCUAGCUUGCAAAAGCCCCGCGGCGGCACGGGAGACAUUUUGGAUCCAGAACUUCAAGAAGUCCUCACCGACAAGCGAACGAGUAGGAGGGUCUUCCGCUGCGCCCCAAGCACGCAAGUCUCGGAAAACGCAAAGCGUGCGCGGGCGAUCCUAGUAGGAAUCCCGGUAAUGCGGGCCUCGGUAUUAGAGCACCCCGGUUUGGGUGAUGCGGAGCCAUUUAUGUUCCUCACAACCCUGGCUUGGGCCAGCGGAGACGGCAUAAUGAGAUGCGGGUGCGACAUCUUCAGAGAGUUGUCACACAACCAAAAGACAACCUGUCACCAAGCUGUCUCCAAUCCAACGGAAACAUUGACAGGAGUCAAGUUGGCAGAAGAAAUGGCGUCAGACUUCUCCUUGACACCACCAAAAUAG